GUUAAGUAAAAUCAUAAUUCAAACGGCAAGUUGAUGGAGAAGCAGACAGAUAUAUUUUAGAGCUUCUUAUUACAGCUAUUGCAAUAGCAGUUGCGGAAUGUAAGCCUUCAUAGAGUUUAUUAAGACAUAUAGUAGUGCAACAUAAACGAAACUAAGUCUCAUUUAUAUAUAGCAUUUCCUUAUAAACAUGCUAAAUAAUAAAGAUUAGAGUUAAUUCAGUUUUGGCCUGACCGAAUAUAUAGUACCAGGUGAUCUGUUUUACACUGUUCCGUUGUGCUCUAUAUACUGGAAUAUUAUACAAAUUGAAUGAAAAAUAUUUAACCACGUGACGUCGAAUAUUCGAGAAUAAACUUUCGUAGCAGCAAACCCAACAUGGAGGGCGAAAAAAAAACCCAUGCCCAACCGCUACGUUCAUACAUAAUUCUAUUUCAUUUCAUUCAACUCAAUUAAAACAAAAACACACCCAUUGAACUUGUUAAAUCGAAAUGAGCACCCAAACUCCUAGUGUAUUAUGGGCACAGCGUUCCAGCGCUGACGAAGCCUCCAAGAACAUUUUAUAUGUCACUAUUGAAGUUCUUGACCCAAUUGAUGUUAAAUAUGACUUAACUUCAAGCAAUUUGAAAUUCGAGGCCAAUUCUUCUGAUAAGAAGAUCCACUACAAUUUAAACAUAGAUUUCUUUGAUGAAGUAGAUCCCGAGAAUUCCCAUGUUAAUGUAACUGGUUCUCAUUAUUUCAUGGUAAUUAGAAAGAAAACUGCCAAGGAAGAAUACUGGCCAAGAUUAACCAAAGAAAAAUUAAAGUAUCACUAUAUUCACACUGAUUUUGAAAAGUGGGUCGAUGAAGAUGAACAAGAUGAAGCCCCAGAACCAAAUGAAGACGUAGGUGGCCUCGAUUUCGCUCAAAUGUUGCAAGGAGCUGGUGGAGCUGGAGGAGCUGGAGGAGCUGGCCUUCCAGCUGGCCUUCCAGCUGGUUUCGACAUAAACAGUUUGGCCAGCCAAUUAGGUCAAGCAGGAGGUGCUGGUUUCGAUAGUCAUGAUCAAGAAGACUAUGAUGAUGAAGAAGAAGAUGAUGAUGAGAACGCUGAGGCAGAAAUCGCCAAAUAAGGUCCGUUAAUGUUUUUGGGCGAUAGGGAGGCUGAAGUUUUGCCCUUUGUAUAGCUAUCUAGAGUAAUUAUUUCGACCCAUUUCAUAAAUAUAUACUGCAAUUGGAUUUUAGACUCUUCAGAUAUUAAACUCAUUGCAGGGCUUGAAUCAUUCACUUUGUUGAUCAUUGCUCGCCAAAGAAUAGGAAUUGAAGUUGUUUCAGGUACACCAGUUGAAUCAUUAAUAAUAACCCUAAAACCAUACACCACAUGAUUUUUGAACCAGUAAUGACACAAUUCAUUUAAUUUUCUUGCAGAUUCACAUUGACCAAUCGUCAAUUGCAUUGACUCACUGUCAUUACCAUGUUUUAUAAAGUGGUUGAAUAGUCCAUAUAGUGCCACUGUUAUGCUGCCUAGUUUCAAGCAGUCAUGAUGCAAAUCUUCCAACAAUACCUCGACAAAUGCAUACAUGUCAGACCAUUUAUCGAUUUUAACCAACUUUAUUUUAUCAAUCCAGUUGAUGAUUUUUGGAGUAAGAUAACUAUUAUUAAAUUGAAGUUCAGCUGUCACUGCGUCUGGUACUAGAACAUACCUUAACGACGGAGCUUCAAUUGGCGAACUUUGAUCACAUUCCAAUAGUUUAAUAAUAAAUUCUUCUAAUGUGACAUUUUCGUUGUAAUAGGAUAGCAUUAGCUCUAGCUAACAUGAACCUAUUUGCUAUG